CUUCAGCAGGCAUAGACUCAACUGUUGAGUCGGCUAAGGUCGGUUGGCUCGGAAUCGAGCUACUUCAUCAGCGGGGAACUCAACCUGCUGCAUCGAAAUAUGGUUCGCAUGAUGGGGCUGCUUUUAGUGAGUGUUGGGCCCCUCCGAAACGUUGUCCAGGCAGGGGGCAAAGGCUAUGCGACCCAUCCUGCAACUUUUCGUCAAAGUAGCGCGUUUUCAAAGUGUUCCACAUUGAGCAAAAUCCAGACACUGGGAUUUAAUCACUGCACCUUCACACUGGCUCGAUUACUAAGUUCCAAACCCCCAAGAGGUUUUGAGAAGUUCUUCCCAAAAAGUGAGAACACUCCAGGAGUCAACCAGUCAUCUGAAGAGACACAAGAUGAGAAGAACAAAGACACAGAAUCUCAGUGCUGCAGAAAAGGGGGGCCAAGUGAAGGUGGUGACAGAGAGCAGGAAAGGAAGCGAGGGGGAAGGAAGGGCGAAUCAGACUGGUGGACACGGUUCCAGAAUGAUUUCCCCUGGGAUGAGACGACCAUUCGCAAUGUUGGAGUUGGACUGGCAGGCAUGGCCUCCGCUUUUCUCUAUUUCCAUUUUCGAGAGAUAGGGAAGGAAGUCUCCUGGAAGGAAUUUGUGCAUAGCUACCUGGCUGAAGGACUGGUGAGCCGCCUGGAGGUAGUAAACAAGCAGUAUGUUCGGGUCAUGCCAGUGCAUGGAGUCAACAGGUCAGAAGUGAGCUACCUGUGGUUUAACAUCGGCAGUGUCAACACAUUUGAACACCACUUGGAGCAGGCACAGCAGGAGAUGGGCCUAGACUCCACCCACAGAGUACCUGUGGUCUACAGCAGCGAGAGCGAUGGUACUUUCCUCAUGAGCCUUCUUCCAGGCUUGCUGCUGGUUGGGUUUCUACUCUUCACCAUGCGCCAGGGACCCAUUGCAGGAGCCCGUGGUGGUGGGCGGGGCAACCCUUUCAGCAUGAGUGAAUCCAAGGCCAAGAUCAUGAAAGACAAUAUUGAGGUGAGGUUUAAGGACGUGGCGGGCUGUGAUGAGGCCAAGCUGGAGAUCAUGGAGUUCGUCAACUUUCUGAAGAACCCUCGGCAGUACCAAGACCUGGGGGCCAAGAUCCCUAAGGGUGCAUUGUUGUCAGGUCCGCCAGGCACAGGCAAGACACUGCUGGCCAAGGCCACAGCCGGAGAGGCCCAAGUCCCCUUCAUCACUGUCAACGGCUCAGAGUUCCAAGAGAUGUUUGUUGGCGUGGGUCCAGCCAGAGUGAGGGACAUGUUUGCUAUGGCACGUAAGAACGCUCCGUGCAUCCUGUUUAUUGAUGAGAUAGACGCUGUGGGCCGGAAAAGAGGCAGGGGGAACUUUGGGGAACAGAGUGAGCAGGAGAACACCCUGAACCAGCUGCUAGUGGAGCUGGAUGGGUUCAACCCCAACACUAACGUGGUGGUCUUGGCCGGAACCAACCGGCCAGAUAUCCUGGACCCAGCGCUGAUGAGACCUGGACGCUUCGACAGGCAGAUUUACAUAGGUCCACCAGACAUUAGGGGGAGAGCGUCCAUCUUUAAAGUCCACCUGAAGCCUCUUAAGCUGGAAUCUAACAUGGACUCUGAAGCUUUGGCCAGGAAACUAGCUGCCCUCACACCUGGCUUCACUGGAGCUGAUAUUGCCAAUGUGUGUAAUGAGGCAGCCCUAGUAGCAGCACGCUACCUCAACAGGUCGGUCAGUGCCAUGCACUUUGACCAGGCCAUCGAGAGGAUCAUCGGAGGUCUGGAGAAGAAGACCCAGUUGCUCCAGCCGUUAGAGAAGACCACUGUAGCAUACCAUGAGGCUGGUCAUGCCGUGGUGGGCUGGUACCUGGAGCAUGCUGACCCUCUGCUCAAGGUGUCCAUCAUCCCCCGUGUAAAGGGUUUGGGCUACACUCAGUACCUCCCUAAGGAGCAGUACCUGUUCACCCAAGAACAGCUGUUUGACAGGAUGUGUAUGAUGCUGGGAGGACGCGUGGCAGAGCAGAUCUUCUUUGGGAAGAUAACCACAGGGGCACAUGAUGACCUCCGAAAGGUCACGCAGUCUGCCUACGCACAGGUGGUUGAGUUUGGGAUGAGUGAGGCGUUGGGUCAGAUGUCUUUUGACCUCCCCCGGCAGGGAGACAUGGUCAUGGAGAAGCCUUACAGUGAACCCACUGCCGAGCUUAUAGACCAGGAGGUCCGCUCACUUAUAGACGCUGCCGUCAAACGUACCCAUCAGCUCAUCAGUGACAACAGAGAUAUGGUGGAGAAGGUAGGGAAACGUCUCCUGGAGAAGGAGGUUUUGGACAAGGCUGAUAUGCUGGAACUGCUGGGGCCCCGGCCCUAUAAGGAGAAAUCCACUUAUGAGGACUUUGUGGAGGAGACUGGGACCAUAAAGGACACCUUCUUGCCCCAUGGCCUCAAGAACUGGAACAAGGACCUGGGGACAUAGCAACACCCAACCCAGGCCCCUGGACGGACAUGUUGAGACGGCCUAUAAAAAGACAGACCGAUAUCAGGGAAAGUUGUCAGGUGCAGAUGCCAGAGCUUUUGUCAUGUAGAUCUAUUUUAAAUUCCUAUGGGAACGGGCAAAUGUGGUUCUGUAAUUUUGUUUUGCUCUGCAUAACAUGAGACGAGGAUACCCAGUCCACCGUGACCUUUUUACCUAGAAAUACAACACUGUGCUCUGCUGACCCCUGACCACAUCAUGACUGCGCAGGGCCAGGAAUGACCUUAGGCCUUAGAGACUGGUCUGUGGUCGUUACUUCCUGGUGCUCUUGAAUGUCUUUGCCACGGCGCAAGGUAGCAUUUUUAUAAUUGUAUAGUAUUCAUAAAGCUGUUAUUUAACAUUUUCAUUGUGUGUGGAUGAAUGUACAGGAGAGACAUUUUUUAUGAACAUAUGAUAGUAGGUUACUUAAGUAGGUUACUGAAAGUAAAUGAGAGAUACAAAGUAUAUUGAAAGUGGGUGUGGUUCCUGAGUUAAUUAACCAGUUAACAUUCCAUUGUGCUUAGGGUCAUGUAUUAAAAUGUUGGGCAGGCAACCUGUGGUGAAUCCCUGGCAGGAUGCCCCAAAUCCACAGGGGUACCUAAACGGGUUGAAGAGCAUGAAAACCAAAGAAAUCACAUGCUGUAGACCAGGGCUAUUCAAAUCUGGCCCUUGAAGCCAGUUCCACUCCAUUUUUUCCAUUGAAACCCUAUAAUCAGGGACUUAUUCAGACUUCAGACACCAGGUGGGUCCAAUUAACGAUGAGGUAGAACAGAAAACCAGCAGGCUCCGGCCCUCGUAGGGAUUUGAAUACCCCUACUGUAGACUGAUGGGGAGAUUUCAUGUUUUUGCCACCUUAUGACCUUAUUGGAUUUCAGUAAAAAGGUGUUUCAUUUUCUAAUUUGCUUGUGCAGGCAUUGAAAUCUGCCACCUUAAGCAGUCAUUCAUUCCAGUCAGUGUGUCAUUCCAGUCAGUGUGUCUCAGACUAACAUAGACAAACAAUCCUUUCUGAUUGUGAACCGUUACUAAUUUUAGAAAACCACAUGUACUCUCCUGAAAGAAGUCUUUGGAGGCUCUUUCGCAAAACAACAGCCACACCUCUACCUACCAUCUUUAUCCACAAGGAUAGUGUCCAACAAGCAGCAUUUCUUACUAUGACAGGUUUGUCUCAUGCUGUGUUAAUGUCACUGCAGCUCAAUGAGCAACAGAUGAUAAUUUGGGCUCAUCGACAAAUUCUCAUAAUUCACCUAGUUUCAUUAACAAAUAUUUUCACUCUCAGAUUCUAGCAGUUUUCCCAUUAAACUGUUUCAUUUGUUUGAUUUUAGUGGGAUAUUUUCUCUGGUAGAAAAAAAUGCUUUCAUCUGUGCAAGCAAAUUGAAAAUUCCAUCCUUAGAUUUUCACCACGCAGCUUAACUAACUUACCCAAUAGAAGGGAUCAUUAGGGUCCUCUGUUUGAUCUGAUUUGUGCCAGCCCUGCCCAGAAUAAAUUAGUUUAACUUUGGCAUGUCAUGUUAGAGUAAAAUUCUUGAAGGCCUUAAAAUGUGAUCUGACCCCUUUCUCAUUAAGAUUUGUCACAUCUACUAAAUAAAAUGUGAUCUGACCCCUUUCUCAUUAAGAUUUGUCACAUCUACUAAAUAAAAUGUGAUCUGACCCCUUUCUCAUUAAGAUUUGUUACAUCUACUGAAUAAAAUGUCUCUUGUCACAAUGCAUUUGCAUUAUGACCAGAAUGUCAGGUCUAUCCCUUUAUGCAAAUGAAGCCAACCUUAUUACAAAUGCUGUGUUAAUGUAAUUUUUUAAUUUUGUUUUUAUCAUUGCCAGAUUUAUACUCCGUUACUGCCAAUGAUUAAGACUUAAGUGUAAUACUAUUCCAAUGCCUUACCUGUGGUAGAAUUUCAUCCAUCCUUAAAGUCACUCCGCAAACAAGCUUGUCUGGAUUUGGUUACAUAAUUCAUGGAAUGACCUGUAUGAAUACAAAUGACAUUAGUAGACCAUAAUGCUUAAGCCCAAAAAACAGAAACCGGUUGAAUUUACAUGUACAGCUGUUUUUAAAGACAUGAGAAUAUCUUGGACAACCUGUAGUAGGAAACUUGACAACAAGCUACUAGCAUGUAUUCCCCACUACACAUUUGUGCUCUCUCACAUUUAGAAAGCAAUAACUUACAGAGUUGAUAGUGCCCAUUGAUUUUGGGCAAGUCUGACAAGACAGAAUCAAAAAUAUUUAUUGGAGCAUUUAAACCUUAUAGCUAUUCAAUCCUUCUCUAUCCACUGUGAAAUUAAAUUUGUACUCUGAAGUAUUUCUUUGUGGUUUCAGUUCAGUUGUGUUUUCAUGCUGCAUGUGCUGGUUGUCUUUCAUGGUGUUCCUGGCAGAAAUCCUAGAGUUCAUUUAUUUGGUCUGUUGAGCAUAAAUAAUGGAAAGGCUGUGCUGUUCAUGCUACCUUGUCAGACAAACUGUUGAUUGGUGCUCUAAUGCAAAAUAAAACACAAAAAAAUC